AUGGAAACGGAGAUCAUGGAAACGAAGAUAAUUGAAACGGAGAUCGUCGAAACAGAGAUCAUGGGAAACGGAGAUCAUGGAAACGAAGAUAAAAUUGAAACAGAUCGUCGAACAGAUAUCAUGGAAACAGAGAUCAUCGAAACGGAGAUCAUCGAAACGGAGAUCAAUGACGUUGGAGGGAAAAGGAGUCUGAUUAACCGUUGGAGUACGUUCCUCAAGGCCCGUCUGGUGUGUUCUGUACCAGGACCUGCUGGACUGGACACACAAUUUGACGAGCUAGAGGAUGUCUUCAUGCUGGAGACCAAAGACUCCCAGAACCCCAUCAUCUAUGGAGUGUUCUCCACCUCCAGUUCUGUAUUCAGAGGGUCAGCAGUGUGUGUCUACUCCAUGGCCUCUAUCAGGGCAGCCUUCAACGGUCCGUUCGCCCAUAAGGAAGGGCCCGACUACCGCUGGGUGGAGUACAAGGGGAGGAUCCCAUAUCCACGACCUGGCACUUGUCCCAGUGUGACCUACGACCCCCUCCACAAGUCUACGCGUGACUUCCCUGAUGACGUAGUGAGUUUCAUGAGGGGUCAUCAUCUGAUGUGGGAACCCAUCCUACCCGUCACCCGCCGCCCGGUCUUUACCCUUGUCAACGUAUCCUACACCCUACGAAAGUUGGUGGUGGAUAGGGUGGACGCUGUGGAUGGCCAGUAUGAUGUACUACACCUGGGCACAGGGACAGAUACCAACGUGGAGCCUGAGGAGAUCAUUCUGGAGCAGCUGACUGUGUUUCAGAAUCACGCCCCUAUCCUUAGCAUGGAGCUGUCUACCAAACGGCAACAGCUGUAUGUGAGCAGUGAUGAAGGAGUGGCCCAGUUACCCCUGCAGCGGUGUGAGCUGUACGGUAGAGACUGUGCUGACUGCUGUCUGGCCAGAGACCCUUACUGUGUCUGGGACGGGAACACAUGCAACCGAUACUUUCCCAGCAACAAGAGGCGAGCUCGGCGCCAGGAUGUGAAACAUGGGGAUUCAAUGAGCCAGUGUCACAAUGCAGAAGAUGGUUCUGAGUCAGUGGAGCUGAAGGUGAUCUAUGGGGUGCAGAGCAGCUCAACCUUCCUAGAGUGUAUGCCCAGAUCCCAACAGGCUACAGUCAAGUGGACAGUUCAGCCGUCACACACUCGCACUAGCAGAGAGCUGCUCCAGAGUGAGGAUCGUAUGGUCCACAUGAAGCGGGGUCUUCUGGUUCAGCGACUGGAGCCAGGGGACGCUGGCCUCUACAGCUGUACCACCCUGGAGCACUCCUUCUCCCAGGUCCAGGCCCGCUACAACCUCCAGGUUAUACCCCAGCAGAGCAUGACAGCAUCCCAGGCCAGGGCAUCUGAUCCUGGGGCCGGAGGGGCAGGGCUGAGGGGGGGCCCUGGAGGUCCUGGGAGCCACACCCAGAGACACACCAAGCUCCUCAGGAACUAUAAGGACCUGCACAUGGUGGGCAUGGCUAGCAUGAGCGCAAACGAGUACUGUGAGCAGCUGUGGUACCGGGAGAAGAAGAAGCUACGCCAGUUGAAGUGGAAACAGAGCCAGGUGGACAACGGCAAGGCCAGGGUACGACGGCAUGACUCCACCCCACUACAAUGACCAGCUGGGGAUGGGGAUGGACAGAGACGUUGGCUGAGUCCUAGUUCUCCACGUUUCUCCUGAUAUGUGCACUUGCACACUUUCACGCAUGGAUUUAUCAAUGGUAUAAAAACUCCCUCCCAGCCAGUGCUUACACCGAGCCUAUGCCUUGAAAUCCAUGACAGGUAGUGUGCAAGGGCACACUUCUGGAAAAGGGUGGAGAAUCAGAAAGUAGCUUUGGAUAUAAAGAGAAUGUGCAUACAGUAAUACAGCCUUUAUUUGAACAGACAAAACAUUAAGAACCCCUUCCUAAUAUUGAGUUGUACCCCCCCCUCUUUUCCCUCAGAACAGCCUCAAUUUGU